AUGGAUUCCAAGAAACCACUCAGAUCUCCUCUCUCCUACAACCAGACUUCUCACUCAAUCGACCAUCGCGAAUGCAUCGUCAAGAUCGACAGUGACGAUAUGGAGGAUCCACCUUCAAAGCUGAUCGGAGAGUUUUUAAAAAAACAGAAGAAUUCCGUAGGAGAAAUGACGUUGGAUAUGGAUAUGGAUAUGGACGAGCUUCGCGACGUAAACAGUUCUGGUAAUUCUGUUAAUCAGAAACGUCCAGAUAGUCCUAGGAUAAAUCCUGAAAAUCAUAAUCUAAAUACUAGAGUUUUGAAUUCUAGAGAUUUAAAAGUUUCGUUUCAACAACCUGCUAAAUCCUAUAAAGUAGUCGAUAUUGAACCGGAUCGUUCAGAAUCAUCGGAUGAGGAUGAAUUACUAGAACAACAACAGCUCAGACGAAAAUCGAGCAAUAUGAAUAGCUUAAGCCAUGUUGUAGAGGAUAAAGGUGCGGGUGAGGUGUUGAAAUGCACCUCGUUUCAAAGAAAAGCUACAAUAGUUAAAUCUAGAACACAACAAUCUAGAUUGAUAGAUCCACCAGAGGUGGUCCAGGUGGAGGUUCCUUUGUAUUCAUCAGGUCCAGGCCAAGCUGGUAAGUCUGGGCAGUAUAGAUCGGGAGUAGCACGCGCGUCGGGGGUAUUAACUAGAGGUGAAAAUGAGGAAGAGGAUGAUUCAUUGUUUGAAGAAGAUAAUCCGGAUGAUUUCAAAAGGGCAAAACUCGACGGGUUAACGUUUGUUCAAUGGAUUAGUCUUAUUUUAAUCCUGUCUGCGUUGAUCUGCACGCUUACGAUUCGCAACUGGAAGGAAAAAAGAGUUAGAGGACUUCACAUUUGGGAAUGGGAGGUUUUAGUGCUUGUUUUGAUAUGUGGCCGUUUGGUUUCCGGUUGGGGUAUAAGGUUUAUUGUUUUCUUUAUUGAGAGAAAUUUUCUUCUGCGUAAAAGAGUUUUGUAUUUCGUGUAUGGAAUCAGGAAGCCGGUCCAGAAUUGUAUCUGGUUGGGUUUGGUUUUGAUUGCUUGGCAUUACAUGUUUGAUGAGAAAGUUGAGGGUCAUAACCGGUUCUUGAGGGUCAUGAACAAGUUAUUGGUGUGUAUGCUGGUGGCUACGUCGUUGUGGCUUGUUAAAACGCUGAUGGUUAAAGUACUCGCGUCCUCGUUUCAUGUCAAAAAGUUCUUUGAUCGGAUUCAAGAGGCUUUGUUUAACCAAUAUGUUAUUGAAACUUUAUCGGGGCCACCGUUGGUUGAGAUCCAAAACAAUCAAAUACAAGAAGAGAAAACAAAGGCGGAAGUUAAUAUGCUUCAGAAUGCCGGUGCUAACAUACCACCAGAACUUGGGGAGAAAGUAUUUUCAACGAGGAGCGAGAGGUUGAUUGGGAGUGGAAGAUCACAAAAAGCACCUCCUGCUGCCAUCAAGAUUGAUGAGAAAGAAGAGGGAAUAACAAUUGAUCAUUUGCAUAGGCUUAAUCCAAAGAAUAUAUCCGCUUGGAAUAUGAAAAGAUUGAUGAGAAUCGUUCGUCUUGGGACAUUGAACACAUUGGAUGAACAGUUAAAUGAUAUGAAUUCACAAGAGGAUGAAUCAGUGACACAAAUCAGAAGUGAAAUCGAAGCCAAGCGUGCUGCACGCAAGAUUUUCUUUAAUGUGGCUAAAGCUGGCUCCAAGUCCAUCUAUCUUGACGAUCUGAUGCGGUUUUUGAGAGAAGAUCAGGCUGUGAAAACCAUGGCUCUCUUGGUAGGAACACCUGGCGAUGAAAAAGUUAGCAAGGCAGCUUUGAAGACUUGGGUGGUUUAUGCAUUCAGAGAAAGAAAAGCACUCGCCUUGACACUAAACGAUACCAAAACAGCCGUCAACAAAUUGCACCAAAUGGUGAAUGUCUUGGUUGGCAUCAUCAUCUUGGUAAUUUGCCUUCUGAUACUGAACAUCGCAACGGGCAAAUUUCUAGUGUUUAUAAGUUCCCAGAUUGUGGUGGUGGCGUUUGUCUUUGGCAAUACUUGCAAAACCGUAUUUGAGGCCAUCAUCUUCUUGUUUGUCAUGCACCCUUUUGAUGUAGGCGACCGUUGCGAGAUUGAUGGUGUUCAGCUGAUCGUAGAAGAGAUGAAUAUUUUGACUACUGUCUUCCUGAAAUGGGACAACGAAAAGGUUUACUUUCCAAACAGUACUCUCUCGACACGAGCCAUCAGCAAUCACUACCGUAGUCCUGAUAUGUGGGAUUCAGUCGAUUUCUUUAUCCAUGUCACUACUCCUCCCGAAACGAUAGCUGUCAUGAGACAAAGAAUAACCAACUUCGUAGAGAGCAAGAAGGAUCAUUAUUAUCCAAAUGAUAUAACAAUGGUUUCAUUGAGGUUCGAGGACAUAAGCAAGAUUCGGAUACAUUUUUGGUGGAGGCAUAAAAUAAACUUUCAAGAUAUGGGAGAGAGGUACAUAAGAAGAGGUGUGGUUAUUGAUGAAUUGGUUCGACUCUUUAAAGAACAUGACGUCGAAUACAGAUUGUACCCACUUGAUAUCAAUAUCCGAAACAUGCCUCCACAAGUUAGCUCUUCUCGGAUUCCCCCGGCAUGGGAAGCUCCUAAAUGAGUAUGAAAACAGGAACGGUUUACGAAGUUGUUAAACACGGUGAUCCUUGAGCGCACAAACAAGAAUCUGAGCCUUGGGUAAAUGCAGGAUGCGAUAGUGUGCAGAAAUGGGUUGGAAUGUGUUGAAGAGAAAAUUAAUAGUUUUGGAAUAAUUGUUUGGUUCACUUUAGUUUGACACUUGAAACCAUGAGGUCAACCAAAUAAAUUGUUUUUCACAUCUUCAUAUUAAGAUAAAAAGAAAAUGGAUACAUGUGUUAUGCAUACAAGGUUCUUGAUCAUCUAAGAAAGGUAAGAAUUUAAACAAUUAAUUAAGUCUGAUUGAUUUCUAAUUAA